CCCAAUGGGUCCCCCAUUACGCAGACAAGGCUCGCCCCCUGGUCAAGUCUACCUCGUUUCCCCUCUCUGCUGAGGCCUGCGCGGCCUUCAACUGCAUUAAAGCGGACAUUGCCAAAGCUACGAUGCAUGCAGUGGACGAGACCGCUCCCUUCCAAGUGGAGUGUGAUGCCUCCGAUUUCGCUCUGGCUGCUACCCUUAAUCAGGAAGGCAGACCAGUAGCAUUCUUUUCUCGCACCCUCCAAGGCUCUGAAAUUCGGCACUCCGCGGUGGAGAAAGAAGCCCAGGCCAUAGUGGAGGCUGUUAGGCACUGGAGGCACUAUCUUGCUGGCAAAAGAUUCACUGUGCUGACCGACCAGCGCUCGGUUGCGUUCCUGUUCAGCAACCAACAGCGGGGCAAGAUCAAAAAUGAUAAGAUUUUGCGGUGGAGGAUAGAACUCUCCACCUACACCUAUGAUAUCCUGUACCGGCCUGGCAGACUCAAUGAGCCCCCUGAUGCCCUAUCCCGGGGAACAUGUGCUAGCACACAGCUCGACCAGCUGUACGCCCUUCAUGCACAACUUUGCCAUCCGGGGGUCACCCGAUUUUACCAUUUUGUGAAAGCUCGGAACCUGCCGUACUCCCUGGAGGACAUCAGGACGAUGACCAGGGACUGCCAAAUUUGUGCCGAGUGCAAACCGCACUUCUACUGUCCUGACACGGCACAACUUGUCAAGGCCACCCGCCCUUUUGAACGCCUGAGUGUUGACUUUAAGGGCCCCCUUCCCUCCACUGACCGCAAUGUCUAUUUUCUCAGUGUUAUUGACGAGUUCUCACGGUUCCCCUUUGCCAUCCCCUGCCCCGACACCACUGCCACGUCCGUCAUAAAAGCCCUGCGCCAGCUCUUCACUCUGUUCGGGUAUCCCUGCUAUAUCCACAGUGAUAGAGGGUCCUCCUUUAUGAGUGAGGAGCUGCGCCGGUACUUGCUAGCUAGGGGCAUUGCUACCAGUCGGACCACGAGUUAUAAUCCCCGGGGUAAUGGCCAGGUAGAGCGGGAGAAUGCCACAGUGUGGAAGGCCACACUUUUAGCCCUUAAGUCCAAAGGGUUGCCGGUCUCUCGAUGGCAGGAGGUCCUCCCUGAGGCACUGCACUCUAUCCGCUCUCUGUUAUGUACGUCCACCAAUGCCACCCCUCACGAACGCCUAUUCUCUUUUCCCAGGAAGUCUGUCACUGGGACCACCCUACCAGUUUGGCUGACGUCCCCGGGGCCAGUGCUGCUCCGGAAACAUGUGAGGAGCAAUAAAUACUCCCCGCUGGUGGAGAGGGUUCACCUUCUCCAUGCGAACCCCCAGUAUGCUUACGUGGUCUUGCCUGCUGGGCGGGCGGACACGGUCUCCAUCCGCGACCUGGCACCCGCAGGUGCAGCAGACCACUACCCUGAAGGCUCUCCGGUAACUGUGAACCCUGCACCAGAGGUGACACCGUACUCACCAGGCCCUACACAGACUCCUCACGACACUUGUAUACCGGGCGUUUCGUACGCAUUUAUACCAGGCACAUGCAUGAGGGAUCACCGGCGCCUAGUGGGCAAGAACACGCGCAACCCCCGUCCCCUGUGCAAUCGCCAAUGUUGCCGGCACCUAUGCGGUCACAGCCGGUGCUACGUAGAUCGCAGCGACAGAUUCGACCGCCUGAUCGGCUUGACUUGUAAGAACCUUCGCUACAUGAGGACUUUUUCAAACGAAGGGGGGGUGAAUGUGGUGAACUAUGUGCCUGUCGGGACACGCCCCUGCUGACUGCUCCUGUGGCUCCUCCCACAGGCCCCUGUAUAAAGGAGACCUGCAGCCUGAAGAUCGGCCUCAGUCUCCAGGACCUUGUAUGAUAGACACUCACUCCUGGUUCCUUCUUCCAGUCAAUAAAAGCCGAUA